UACUCUUCCAUAGCCCUCUCUUAUCCUUCAUCUAUUUUAACAGCACCGUCAUGACAGAAUACAAGCUUUCAUCUCACCACAGAUUGGUGAACACGUUGUACAUGUUAUUGGCAAAGCUAAUUGUCCUAACGAUGUAUACCUAUAACUACUACUGAGAACGAAACACUUGGAAGAUAGAGCAAAGGCAGCACCAUGGAGGUCGUCAACUUCCCUGCACCAAACCACUAUACAUGGACCUCAGAUGUGCUGCAAAAACUCAUACGGCACAUUGACACAGUCCUCUGUCCAUAGCUGCAACUAUGAGCUUUGCUGUGACCAGAACAAGCCGGUCCUUCGUCGCUCCAUGCGAGGAGACGCCGAGGGGCUCGCUCGGCCUCUCCUUUAUCGACCGGGAGCCCGUCUUCAGGUAUGUGGUGCGGUCGCUCCACGUGUUCAGGCACGGCCGGGAGCCGGCCAGGGUCAUCAGGGAAGCACUGUCGAAGGCGCUGGUGAAGUACUACCCCUUCGCGGGGCGGUUCGCGGACGAUCCCGACGGCGGCGGCGAGGUUCGUGUCGCUUGCACUGGCGAGGGCGUUUGGUUCGUCGAGGCCAAGACGGACUGCAGCUUGGAGGACGUGAAGCACCUCGGACCCCCGCUCGUGAUCCCUGAGGACGCGCUCCUGCCCAUGCCCAGCCCCGAACUGAACCCCCUCGACGUCCUUCUCAUGAUGCAGGUGACAGAGUUCGUGGGCGGCGGAUUCGUGGUCGGCCUCAUCUUCGUCCACACCAUCGCCGACGGCAUCGGCUUGGCACAGUUCCUCAACGCCGUCGCCGAGAUCGCCCGCGGCCUGCCGAAUCCCACCGUGGAGCCUGCAUGGUCCCGGGAGGUCAUACCCAACCCACCUAAGCUGCCUCCCGGUGGCCCGCCCGUGUUCCCCUCCUUCAAGCUGCUCGACGCCACCGUCGACCUGUCCGCUGACCAUAUAAAUCACGUCAAGGCCCAGUACUUGGAGCUCACUGGCCAGCGCUGCUCCACCUUCGACGUCGGGCAGUCCCGAACGCGCGCCAUCAACCUGGACCCCGGCGUCGACGUGCACGUGUGCUUCUUCGCCAACACCCGCCACCUGUUGCGCCAGGUCCUGCCCCCCGAGGGUGGCUAUUACGGCAACUGCAUCUACCCAAUUACUGCCACCGCCUCAAGCGGCAGGAUCGCUUCGGCCGAGCUCAUCGACGUCAUCAGCAUCAUCAGGGACGCCAAAGCGAGGCUGCCGGACGAGUUCGCCAAGUGGGCCGCAGGGGACUUCAAAGACGACCCCUACGAGCUCAGCUUCACGUACAGCUCGCUCUUCGUGACGGACUGGACCCGGCUGGGCCUCCUCGACGUAGACUACGGCUGGGGCAAGCCCCUCCACGUUAUACCGUUCGCGUACUUGGAUAUCAUGGCGAUCGGCAUCAUCGGGGCGCCGCCGGCGCCGCAAAAGGGGACUCGGGUGAUGACGCAUUGCGUCGAGAAGGAGCACAUGCAGGCGUUCCUGGAAGAGAUGAAGGGCUUCGCCUGAACCAGCAGCAGUGUAGUUCUUCGUAUCCUUUAAAGAGUCCAAUAAUAAAGUCCGAGUCCAACGUUUCAUGCAUGCUUGUCAUCAAAACAAGAAAGAGGUACUUGUUUAUUUGUAUGUCCAUUUACAACAAAUAAUAAUGUUGAUCAGGUUGUUCUGUCUAUUGCUGUAACGAGGGCAUAAGUGACUGAAG